CUGAGAAACAGUGAACAGUUAGAUUAAAUAGACUUCAACAUACAUAAGCAAGAUGGCAGGACGAUUAAAGCAGUACAUGGCCUGCCUUCUUUCUUCUAAGCUCCUGCUUCUGACAUGUUUUGUGGGUGUGGUAGCUAUUGGGAUUAAGACUAACUAUCUAAAAGUAGAUUAAGCAUAACAUCAAAGAGUAUACAGCAGAUUUUUAAACAGGACAAUUAUUUAAGUGAAGAAGUUACAGAAUUCAGUGAUGAUCUUCGGAUGUUGCUAAUCGGAAAAACCGGUGUGGGCAAGAGUGCAACAGGAAACACCAUACUUAGAAAUAAGGCUUUUAAAUCUGAAAUAUCUUCUUCGUCUGUAACCACACAGUGUGAAAAAGCAGAUGGAAAUAUACAUGGCAGAAAAGUAUUUGUUAUCGACUCCCCAGGUCUGUUUGACACUCAGUUAUCUGCAGAUGAGGUGAUUAAUCGGAUUAGGCUGUGCAUUCCAUUCUCUGCUCCAGGACCUCAUGUCCUCUUAGUUGUGAUUCAAAUAGGCAGUUUUACAGAGGAGGAUGAAAAAACUGUUGAGAUUUUUCAAGCAAUUUUUGGGGAAAGAUCUUCCAGUUACACUAUGGCUCUAUUUACUCAUGGAGAUCAGCUAAAGGGGAAAACUAUUCAUCAGUUUGUACGCAACAAUACAAAGCUUCUGAAUUUCCUCCAGAAAUGCAAAGGUGGAUACCAUAUGUUUAAUAAUGAAGAUCAGAAUCGAGGACAAGUCAUCCAACUCCUCGACCAGAUUGAUACGAUGGUCACUUUAAAUGGUGGAGGACAUUACACUACAGAAAUGCUUCAGGAGGCAGAGAGAGCAAUAGAAGCAGAGAAACAACGAAUCCUGAAAGAGAAUGAAGCACAGAGACAGAAGGUGAUAGAAGAGCUGAGGAAGAAGUUUGAGGGAGAAGCAUUUGAGAUAGAAAUAAAAAAAUUUCAAUGGGAACAAGCAUUGCUGGCAAGAUUGAUGGCUGAGAAAAACACCUCACUGUUUGAAAAGAUAGGCAGGUUUUUAAAUGCAGUUUACACAAAGAUUCGUAAUCUGAUUAAACAAGCUCUAAGAUUGGAUUUGCUUUUAAAGUAAUUUUAUAUUAGUUGUACAUUUAAGGUGUCAACAUUUUUUUAUUUAUUUAUACUAAUUGUGUAAGAGUGAGAUCACAGAUUUUCAAUAAAAUACAAUGAUGCUUCUAGAUGUAGCGUGAUUUCAAAUUCACAAUUAAAUUGAUUACUUUUAAGUGGUUUAAUAUACAGCAAAAUCAUAUUAAACAUUAAUGAACUAUGAUAAUGCUGUAAUAACUUAUAAUAAUGUUGAUAAAUAGUUAAAUAAAUAAACAAAUAAAAAGUUGAUACUUUUACUUUUUUUCCUAGUAUUGACACUGAUGAUGAAAAACCAUAUCUUCUAGAUGAUGUUCAUUUAUAAAAGUGAAUAGAGACAAGUAGAAAAAGCUAACUGUAUUUCUAUAAAUGCAAAAAGGUUUGUUUAUUGUGUAUGUCUAUAGUUCUAUUGUAUUAUAUGUUUAAUUACAGUGACCUUUAUGUUAAAUGUUAAGGUAAACUGCAUGUAAAUGAAAUCUUGCUUGGCUAAUAAAACAUUUUUCCAGAUUCUGAUUCUGUACAUUGGCCCAACAUGGAUGUGACCACAAUAACAUGUAAAUGUAAAGGGGGAAAUUAUAUAAGCACCUUUCCAGCUGAUCCAAAAAUGACCUUAAUUUCCCUUUACUAAGAGUAUGCUACUAAUAUUAUCAGGAUUUCAGGGUCACUGUCAGGACUUCUUCCGUUGCCCCACUAGAUGUCACCAGUUUAUCAUUUGCCCUUACACGAGUACUAAUUGUCUAACUGUUUCCACCUGCCAUCAAUCACCCUCAGUGUACAAGUUCCCCUUGUUAGUUCAGGCAGUCUGGCUUUUGUGUUUUGUUUCCCAUGUCUUUUCAUGAAUUACUCCAGUGUAAUUGUUUACCCUUUUUACUUUAAUAGAUUUCAUUAGUAAAUAUUUUGGUGCAAACUCUUGUUUUAGUAUUUGUGAGUUGUAUUCCACUUUUUGAUCUGUGGACAUUUUGUUUAUGGACUUUAGACUGCUUGUGAUUUUCUUGCUAAUGAAUAAUAUAAGGGGCAACCUGUCUCACAUAGCCAACCCUGUUUUGAGUCUCAACCCUAACAGGGGUUACUUAAAACAGUAAUUACACGGAUGCA